GAAGAAGAAGAGGAAAAAUGCAACCAUGAUACCGACAACUGUGAUGGCGACGCCGGGGAGGAGAUCCGCGAGCUACAGAAGAGGCGACAUGUGGCGGAGAGAUCUACAGAGAGAAAGACGGGGGUCCGAGGGGAGGCCGAGGGGACGGUGUGUUUUGGGAGGACCGUGAACGCCUCACAAAACGGAGGCCAUAUGAUGAUGUCGCGCGUGCGGGGGCAGUGUAUACGCUUUAAUCCCAUUUCCUUAUCCGGGGUUCAUCCCGGAGACGCGCCAUUGGCCGGCCGCCGUCACGUGGUUUCUUAACUUUGUUCACUUGACAGAAAAGUAGGAGGGUUCAACGGAACAGGAAUAACCGAGGAGUAAAGGGAUGAGAUAUAAAUUUUAGUUAUAUAUUUUCCAAGUAGGUGCAAUUCCACAAAAAGACUGACAUUAAUGGCCAUGAGCUCCUAUUUGAUCAACUCCAACUAUGUGGACCCGAAGUUCCCACCGUGCGAGGAGUACUCACAGAGCGACUAUCUGCCCAGCCACUCUCCGGACUACUACAGCUCCCAGAGGCAGGAGGCAGCCGCCUUCCAGCCGGACUCCCUCUACCACCACCACCAGCCCCACCAGCACCACCCGCAGCACCAGAACCACCACCAGCAGCGCGGAGAGCCGCCGUACACGCCGUGCCAGCUCCCGGGGCAGCCCGCCUCGGUUGUGAUGUCCCCGCGGGGUCACGUCCUCCCCGCGGACGGACUACAACCGGCCAGCGUCCCGGAGCUGAGCCACCGCUGCGACUCGGUGACGCCCAGUCCUCCGCCGCCGCCGCCGCCGCCGCCGCCGCCGCCGCCUGCGACUUGCGGCCAAACGCCCCAUAGCCAGGGCACUUCGUCCCCCACGAGCACCAAGGACCCCGUCGUCUACCCGUGGAUGAAGAAAGUCCAUGUAAACAUCGUGAGCGCGAACUACACAGGCGGUGAGCCAAAGCGCUCGCGGACGGCCUACACGCGCCAGCAGGUCCUGGAGCUCGAGAAGGAGUUCCACUACAACCGGUACCUGACGCGCAGGCGCAGGGUGGAGAUCGCCCACACGCUGUGCCUGUCGGAGCGUCAGAUCAAGAUCUGGUUCCAGAACCGCAGGAUGAAAUGGAAGAAGGACCACAAGCUGCCCAACACCAAGGUCCGCUCCGGGACCACCGGCAACAACAACAACAACAACAACAACAACAACAACACAACAAACUCCCAGGCUCUAAGCGGCUCCCAGAACCGCGCCGGGCCCCUAUAGCCGGGUUCUACGGCUCUUCUGUCCGAUGUUUGCCCUCUCCUUGUUCCGAAACUGAACGUCGAAGCGGGCAGCCGCGCUUGUGA